CGUUUACAGCGCUGUGAGUGGCAACUCUUAACUCCCUUAACCGGCGAAAUUAGUUCUCCAGCAGCUUUUACGUAAAACAUUAGUAAAAGCAAAAUACAAAAAUGUCGCGCACAUUGCAACGUUUAGUGGGCAACUGUAGACGCUGGAACCAACUGCAAACGCAGCCAAUUCCACGUGUGUUGCAACAACAACAACGUAACUUUGCAGUAAAAUCCACAGAUCCAACAAAAGGCAAAGGUCCGAUUUCAUGGAAGAGUUUGGCGGUAAUUGGUGUUUUGGGCGCUGGAGGCUUGGGUUUUAUGCUGUACGUGAAGAGCGAGAAGGAUGAGGCGCUGAUGAAGGAACGCAAGCGACAGCUGGGCAAGGCAGCGAUUGGUGGACGCUGGGAAUUGGUUGAUGACAAGGGUCAGGUGCGCAAAUCCGAGGACUUUGUGGGCAAAUGGCUGCUUAUCUACUUUGGCUUCACUCACUGUCCCGACAUUUGUCCAGACGAGCUGGAAAAGAUGGCGGCAGUCGUUGACGAAGUUGAGAAAUCCCCGCAGACACCCGAGGUACAGCCCAUAUUCAUAACUGUCGAUCCGGAACGUGACUCCAAGGAGGUGGUCGGCAAAUAUGUGAAGGAGUUCUCGCCCAAGCUGCUGGGAUUGACGGGAACCGUGGAUCAAAUACGAAAUGUCUGCAAAGCAUUUCGUGUUUAUUUUAGCGCUGGACCCCGCGACUCGGACAACGAUUAUAUUGUCGAUCACACAAUUAUCAUGUAUCUGGUCAAUCCAGAUGGUGAAUUUGUUGACUAUUAUGGCCAGAAUCGGGACAAGGAUCAGUGUGUGUCAUCGAUUUUGGUCAACAUCGCCAAGUGGAAUUCAAUGAACAAAAAAGGCUGGUUCAGUUAGAUUCAUGUGUUUUGGGGCUGCCACAAAGUCUGUUGAUUCAUAUUAAAAAAAAUUCUAUCAAGUUGGCAGUGCUGCUCAUAACAACCCAGUCUAAAAUUGUAUUUGCUCGCUCUUUUUGACGCUGCGUGCUGCGUGGAUGUUGCAGAAAUUGUUUUGUUUUCUCGCAAUAAAUAUUUAAUCAGUUACAAAA